ACUACGGGUUUCGAGAACAGCUGACCGACAAGAAGAACGAGGAUUAGAUUCGAUGAAUUGCGAUACGCAUAGUGAUAAUAUGGGUGAUUACUUGUUGGAUCUUCAUGGUACUGAAAGUGUAGCGACUUUUUCAAAUGCAAGAAAGAGCAGUGCUAAAAGUGUUAAUUCGAAAGACACGCAAGUGAUGAGUUGUUCUGGACGAACGCAAGGAGAUGGUAUGGAAAAUGUUGAGACUGACAAGGUUGAAAUUAAACAAGCCAAAGUUCGUCUUGGUGAUACACUCAUAUAUCACCCUAUGAAUUUGAAACAAUUUAAUUCUACGCCUCCAGUUGCUCCUACUGGAACCAUAGUUAAUAUUACACCAAAGUGCGUAAUGCAAGUCAAGAAAGAAAAACAUAUUCUUAGUUCACUUAAAUCCAAGGAACCAAAGUUCAUUCCCUAUGAACCUUACAAGGCUGCUGUUAAUCCAAUUGUUCCGUAUGAAAAAAAACAAAGAAAGUCUUCAAGGAAUAAUUUAGAUAUUAAUGUAAUGGUGUCUCAAAUGGCUAUGUUGAAAACUGAUGAAGUAGGGGCCAAGUUUAAUAAAGAAGUUGAAAAGGAAGAACGAGAUGACAAGUGUUCCAAUGAGUGGAUACAACAGAAAAAAGCUUAUGAGACUGAAAUUCAAAAAUUGAAGGAAGAAAAUACUCAAUUGGAGAGUCAACUAAAAUUUCAGGCUCAGGUAAACGGGGAAUUAAAAAAUUUGCUAGUAGCAGCUGUUGGAGAGGAUCUUGAAACUAAGGUUCAUUUACUCACGGAAGAUAAAUUGCAAUUGGCCAGAGCACUUUUAAAUUCUGCACAACAUCUCAGUACUCACCAGGAACAAACCGAAUGGUUAGCUGGUCAGUGUGAGGUGUGGAGAAGUAAAUUUUUAGCUAGUAGUUUAAUGGUAGAAGAACUUGCUAGAUGGAAAGCUGCUCUUUGUCAAAGAACGACAGAUCUUCAGGAAGCUAUUAAACGUCUUCUGGAAGAACGUAGUAAAGUUAGGGACACAUCUUUAAGAACCUAUAGGAUACUAAGUAUUCUAAGGGAGAAUUUCGACUCUGUAGCAACUGUAUCUAAUAAACGUCACGAAUUGCCCAGUACAAAUAUCAUCGGCCUAACAGAAGGCUGUUGUCAACUUGCUGAAAUACUCAAGGUACAACUUCUCAGUGGAAUGGAUAAAGUUCACCUACGCAAGGAAAUUAAUAUCACUGGUCUGGAUAUGAAAACUCUUGCCGAAAGAAAUGCAGAGCAGCUGCUCAUGAGUCCAAAUCUUUUGAUGUCUGGGAGACAAGACGCCGCUUGCAGUGCAGUAAUGGGUGCUGCAGUUGCUGUUGGUGGCCAAAUGUUACUUCCAUCAAGACUCAAUAUUCCCAACAUAGCCUGCUGCCCUCAUUGCAGUGGAGAAGUGAAACAAAUCUAAGGUAUGGUCAGAAUUUAUGAGCGAAUAUUUUUUUACCACUUGAGUCUAGGCAAUAUUUAAUGUACCAAUGUAAAACAUACUGCCUUAACACGUAGAGCAACUAUUGAGCAAAUGUUAAAUGACAUUUUAUUUUUUUUUUUUUUUUAUUAUGCAUUCGAAGUGAUAUCAAAAAUCACAAAUUCCAGCUGUAACUACCAGAUUGGUCAAAGGUUACAGGUUAAUAAUCAAAGUAGUAAAAAAUAACAUUAUUUAAAUAUUAUAGACAACAUUUUAAUAGCGUACAUUCACAUGUGUGUGUAUGUAAAUUGAUUAAUGAAAAACUUUUUACAAAUAGACGGCUAAGGAGUAACUCGUUAUACAUAUAUAUAGUCGUGGAUGAUUAUUAAAUAUACGAACAAUAUAAUAAAUUA